AUGGUCGCACGCUGUGCAGAAGACAAUACCGCGGCGAUUGACCAGUCGUCGUUCUGGGACGAGAAUGGUAUUCACUGGACUUAUCAUCGAAUUGGCUGGGCCAUAGCCGGCGGAUGUGCUAUACUCACGGUGAUCAUCACAAUAUUCAGCGUACUCGGACACGCAAGGCAUUACUAUGUUCGGGCGGAACAACGACAAAUUAUACGAAUUCUCUACAUGCCCGCAGUCUUCGCUAUCAUUUCCUUCUUUUCGUACAGAUUCUUUAGGGACUACGUUUAUUAUUCCCUGGUCGAAAUCAUCUACGAAGCCUUUGUCAUCUCCGCUUUCCUCCUUCUUAUCAUCCAAUAUGUCGCAGCGACUGCAGCUUCGCGAACAGCCGAGGAUGCCUUAGCGCGAAAAGACAAGACCAAACUACCAAUCCCGUGCUGCUGUUUACGAUACAGACCGACAAAGCCCUACUUUAUGUAUACCCUCAAAUGGUCGGUCAUGCAGUAUACCAUCAUUCGACCAGGCAAGUUUGAAGACACGCUCGAUCCUAUUUCUAAACUCCAACCCAGCGUGCUCUAUUGCCGGCAUCAUCACACAAUAUUAUGGAUGUACAUUGAGGCUAUCGAUUUUGUGUCCAUCUCCGUCGCUCUCAUGGGUCUCAUUAUCUUUUACGACCUUACAAAGCACGAGCUCAAUGGAAGAAGACCAUUGGCCAAGUUUUUGUGCAUCAAGUUGAUCGUGAUGGUUACUUGGUACCAAGGCUUUGUCUUCUCCAUUCUACAAAACAAGGGGAUCAUCAAAGCGACAGAGUUUUGGACGUCGACAAACAUUGCCGAUGGCCUCAACGCCCUCGCGACCUGCAUCGAAAUGGUCAUCUUUGCCCUAUUCAUGUGGUGGGCGUACCCAGUGUCUGAGUAUCUCAACAAGAGUGACCCAAACACCAAGGAAGGAGGCUAUGUGCCAACUAUGAUGACCGACGACGAGAUGGAGCGCCGACGACAUAGUACCACGAGCAUCUGGAGACCGCUGUGGGACAGCAUCAACUAUGCGGACAUGGCUCUGGAGGUCUAUGGCUCCUGGGUGUUCUUCUGGGACUAUGCUACGGGCAAACCACACGCGCGUUCAAGUGGAGGGAAGAAGGAUAGGGUCACUUUCGGUACGGCGUUUGGGCUCGAAGAGGAUUCGCCACGGCGCAAAUUGGUCAAGCCGUCGAGGAGCAAAAAUCAAGCGAAUUUGGGCCUCGUGCGCAUCAGGACACCCGCGAGUGAAUCUGAGACAUACCCAAGCGAUGCGCGGGGGGCCGAUGACAAGGGUCAAGCGUAUCGCAUGUUGCCGGUGACCACACAGCCGAGACCGCGAGAGACGCCAUCGAAUGGAUAUCUCCAGCAGCCCGAUUCUCCACAGACUAUCAAUUCUCAGACACGGUGGAGCAGCAUUGGCGUUGCUAUAUAG